CCGGGAGACGCGUUGGCAAUUUCCUAAACAUCAUUCGAGGCAGGAGAGAGGCGUGUGUCUGUGUGUGUUUGUGUGUUGGAUACGACACCGGCCCCACCGAGUCAGAAGAUAGCUGGACGACGAUUUGACAUGAGCAGGUUGCCCUGACAUGGAAAAAGAGAUGAUUCCCAAAUUUACGUCAAAGGAUGAAGAAGUGGAUUACUGGAAGUCCCAAGCCCUGAAGUAUAAGAAAAGCUGCUAUGACGCCCAGGAGGAGCUGCAGGAGUUCCAGGAAGGGAGCCGGGAGCUGGAGGCAGAGCUGGAGGCCCAGCUCUGCCAGGCUGAACACCGCCUGCGAGAUCUCCAAACUGAAAACGAGAGACUGAAGAACGAGGUGGCCAACCUCAAGGACAAACUGGAGCAUCAGUAUGCACAGAGUUACAAACAGGUUUCCAUGCUGGAGGAUGACUUGGGACAGACGCGCAGCAUCAAGGAUCAGCUCAACAAAUACGUCCGGGAGCUCGAGCAGGCCAACGACGACCUGGAACGAGCAAAGAGGGCGACGAUAGUGUCCCUGGAGGACUUUGAGGCCCGUUUAAACCAGGCCAUUGAGAGAAACGCCUUCCUAGAGAGUGAGCUGGACGAGAAGGAGUCUCUGCUUGUGUCCGUGCAGCGGCUGAAAGACGAAGCACGAGACCUGAGACAGGAGCUGGCGGUACGGGAGCGGACCACGGACCGCAUGUCAGCACCCAGCUCGCCCACUUUAGACAUCGACAAGAUGGAUCCUGAAGUACCGGCCUCCUUGUCCCUCCCAGCCACACCCGUAGGACAGACCACCGAGCACUCCUUCAUCAGCCCAAAACCAUUGACCAACGGAUGUGGCAACUCGUCCCUCACUCCUUCCGCUAGAAUCUCGGCUCUAAACAUUGUUGGCGAUCUCCUGAGGAAGGUUGGGGCUUUGGAGUCCAAAAUCGCCGCCUGUAGGAACUUUGCCAAAGACCAGGCAGCAAGAAAGAAUUACUCUCUAGACAACGACAAACUCAUCAACAGCAAUGCCACAAAGUUCUCUCAUUCUCUACACACUACUUACUUUGACAAAACGACUGUAAAUGGACUGGACCCCAGCUCCCUGACCUCCAUGGCGACCUCCAGAGCGGUGUCUCCCCCGGGCCUGCUGCCUCUGAGAAUGUGAGGCGUCCCAAAGCGCGCACACACACCUCUACUG